AAGUUGUUUAUGUAUCCAAAAUGGUGGGCAGUGACUCAAUUUCCGUGCUGGAUGUACAUAAAAACUAGUUUUAACUGCUAACUUAAUUAUUGAUUUGCUGAAACCUGUGUAUUUUAUUGUAGUAUUGAUAUUUUUCAAUACUUAAAGAGCAUUUGCAAUGCUCACUGAAAGAGAGCAAAGUUAUUACGGGGAGCUUUUCCAAACCUGUGAUGUCGACGGGACUGGGAAAUUUUCAGGAGGACAAGUUGCCGAGUUGUUUCGAGCUUCAGGAUUGACGCAGGAAGUUCUCAGUCAGAUAACUGAAUUGUGUGGUGCAAAAAGACUGGGUCAUUUUGGCAGGAGUCAGUUUUAUAUUGCACUGAAGCUUAUAGCAGCCGUGCAGUGUGGUCUUCCAGUGGCAACUGAAAGCAUCAGCUCAGGAGUCGAUAUUCCACUUCCAAAGUUCCACAAAAUUACACCAAAUGAGCAAGGCAUACCACAUCAACAGUCCCUGAAUAUAGCUGAUCCCUCAGCAACUGGAGAGAGGGUAUCAACACAAGGUCAGUUACCUCCCCCUCCUACAUCAGCAAAGAAAUCCCACGGCCGUAAUUUGUCUGGUCAGUUCCGGGGCUUGCACCCAGAGCAGGUUCCACUACAGAUGCCACAACCAGCUCCUGCACAGGUUCCUGUCAAAGAUGGACUUACAGAAACAAAGUCACCAACAAUUGUUCAAGGUCCACCUUUAUCAGCUCCUCCUCAGAUUGCACAAGGUCCGCCUCCAUUAGCAUCUGCUCCACCCCAAAUACCAACAGUUCCACAGUCUCCUCCCACUUCUCCACAAACUGCUCCCAUUGGUCAAAACAUCCCCACCUCCUCGGCACCAAUAGUCAAUAAUUUCCAAGUUCAACAACACGCUAGUAAUACACAAACAGUGAAUCAGUCUACAAAUGUUGCCAGUUCAAAGAAAACAGUUUCUCAAAAAGGGACCGAGGAGUGGGCACGGUUUGAGAGUGAUGAUGAAAAACAUGGUUUGCUAGGUCAAGGAAAGAAGGAAGGUUGGGACAACAUGAAACUACCUGACUUUGAGACAUCAUCAUAUAGCUCGGACACAGAGAGUGUUGAGGAUGUGUGGAGUAUAAACGAUGAACAGAGAGAGUAUUACAUUAAACAAUUCCAGAAUAUUGAACCAGAUGUCAAUGGCCAUAUUUCCGGUGCUGUAGCAAAAGAUUUUUUUGAAAAAUCCAAGUUACCAAACCAAGAAUUAUCCAAAAUAUGGAAUUUAUCAGAUCUGAACAAAGAUGGUGCACUCUCGCUAGAGGAGUUUUGUAUAGCAAUGCAUCUUGUGGUGCUGAGACGAAAUGAAAUAGAAAUCCCAGACAGGCUACCCUUUUCUCUUAUGCCAUAUAAUGCUUUCACUAAUGAAGACGCAGAGCCAUUUGCUGCUGACCUGCCCGAGGGCAGCACGUUAAAGCGACAGAGUCCCAUAUCCCCGCCCGAGGCUCACCAGUGGGAUCAAAUGAUGAUUCAAGGAUCACCGCAGAUCUCGAGUAGCGAGGUAUCGUCACCUAGUCAAACACCAGCUAACUUUGACUUCCAGAAACCAGAGUCUUCAGAUGCUGAAGCAAAUAUUGUGAGACCUAAGGCUCAGAGAUUAUCACCGGACAUGUUGGAAGAUAUGCCGGAAGUUGUGAGACCAGAAAGGGGUAGGGCAUUUUCAGAGCCUUUAACCGGUGAAGGAAUUGUUCCCGAUGGCGAACAUGUUCCCGUUACAAAACAACGAUCAAACACCACCCAUAUAGCCGAUCACAACCAUGUCGAUCCAUCCGCAGCUUCUCUCCACGGCCGUCCACGACCUUUAGUUAAAAGAAAUACAGUUCCAGGUGCUAUGCCGGGUCACAUCCUGCCACCGGCACCCAUUUCUAGUCAACUUGUGUUAGAUCCUGCCCAAGGUGGUGAACCUGGCCAGGAACCUCCUGCCCCACCACCGAGACCUGGUGGACCACACAACCGUAGUAUGUCUGUAGAUUAUAAAGCACCACCAGCUGUUCCUCCAAGAAUAACACCAAAAGAACCUCCUGGAAAUAAAAAGCUAUCACAGUUAAAGCAUUUUGAGCCUAUACAGUCCCAAGAAGUGUUAAACAUCAUUCCCGGUUCUGACGCAACCACUACAAUAAAUUCAAUAGAUACAGAUAAACAUAGACGUUCACAGUCACUUGAUUAUAGACAGGUGGGUGUAGGUCAAGAAAGAUCUGAGGCUGAACCUAAGACUGCUGUAGCCUGGGAUCUUCUUGGUGAAGAUUUUGUUGAUGGAUCUGCUGAAAGGCAGGCUGAAUUUGCCCUUGCUGCACAAAGGCAAGCUAGCCGAGAUAAAAAAGAAUUACAGAUGGCAAUACGUACCCAUAAGGAACGAAAUUCAACGUUGUCGAGAUUAAAUUCGGAACUCAACCAAGAAUUACAAGAAGUGAUGGAGCAAAGAAUAGCGUUAGAAAUUCAGUUGGAACAUUUAAGACCAUUUUCCAGCUAACAUAUAGUGUGUCGCAGUAUUUUGUGUGAAGACUAAGCAGAGAUGCAUGGUUUUUCUUCUCGUAUAGUUUUAUUCCAAAAUAAUAAUUACUCGUAUAUUUUCUUCCGAAUUUUUAGACUAUUAUUGAUAUAGUUUGUAUUUUUUUUAAAUUUUUUUUUUGGUAGUAGAUGUUACAAAAAGUCAAAAUUUACACUGUUAUACAUGUACUACAUGUAUGUUGAUAACAAUAAUAGUUUUAAUUUUUGUUCAGUGCUUAAGAUGUCUAGUGAAAUUAUGUAAAAGCUUAGAAAACAAAGCAUUUUUGUGACACUGAUCAAGAGUUCUAAAUCAUAGGCAUCUAACUGCUUGCAUCUCUCUAUUUAUAGUUACUAUACAAUGGGUCGAUUGCAAUAUAUCUUAUCAUUUAUUUACAGUUUACUCAGAAAGACUGUGUGUUGAUAAAUGUUCAAAGUUAUGUUGAUAAUGAAGUCAUUUAUUGAGUGUAAUUUGGUGUUUUAAAAUAACUGUUAAAAUGUACAAGGUUGCAUUUUCAUUAUUUGUUCAUGUUUGUGUAUGUAUUGGUUUGCAAAGUAGGGCAAGAGACUCCAUGUUAUCAUCAAAUAUUUGUGCAAUCUGAAAUAUCAUAUUAUUUUACAUUUCAUUACUGUAGAAAUUCAAAAUAUCUGAGUAAAGUUUUUCGAGAAAAAAAAUCAUAGCCACCCGUCCUGCAGCUCCAAAAUCCUUUUAGCACACUUUAUUUUUCUACUCAUCCUGUUGCAAAUCCUCUAAAAUUAUUUUUGAAAAUACGAGCUGACGCAUGGAAUUUACAUUCCCUGGUUUGAAUCAUAUUUUUACAUGUUCCUGGAAGUUUAUGUAGUUGGUAGUUUGCCUUAAUAUUCUGCUUUUAUUUCUUCAUUUCUUCCAUCUUCAUGGAAGCAACAUCUUGAGUAUUCCACAGCAUUACCAUUAUUCUUGAGUGGAGGGGUGUUUUGAAAAUUUAUUUCAUUCCAUGGUAAUGGGAAAAUCCAACAUUGUUUUAGAAUGGCCUAAUGAACUUGCAUCGAGUAGAAUUUAAAUGUCUGAUUGUUUAUUUUAAGUGCGAGCUGCUUACUGUAUUAUAUACUUGUGUUAAAUGAGUCAGUGUUCGAUGGUUAUAUUCCGGUGGCAUGAUAGAAAGUCUCCUGUGCUGAAAUUUGAUUAAACCUAAAUCUGAAAAUGAUUUUGAGUCCAUUUAAGGUAUUUACUGGUUAGUUAACCAGCAAAGCCAGUAGUUAUCCAGGAAAGCCAGUUAGGUGGACCGACUGCAGGGAUAUUGUUACCUUAGUGCAGUAACUGGUUAAAAAAUCCUUAUAUAACUAAAUAGAAGUUAACCAGUAACUACACCAAAGUGACAAUAUGACCAUAAAUGUGUCAAAAUGUCUCUAAAAUGAACCAGACAAACAAAUCAAACAUUUAUAAAUAAUGGAUUUGCAACCUUCUUUAGUGAUAAUGUUUGUGGCUUAUAGUGGAAUACAUUUAUCAUGUUUUGUCAACCAUUGUGUAAAAUCUUCGGACAUUGUGUAAACCUAUCAAAUAACAGGAUAUUGUAAAUGGAACUAAAAUAUAUAUAAAGAAGCGUUUGAUAUUCAAAGUGCUGAUUUUAUAAGAAAUUUUGGCAUAAAUUGGUAUUGUUGCGUACAUGUAUUUUAAUUACACCCUAAUAUAGGAGUUUGACCAAUGUUGUGAUAGUCCUCUUUCUUUUUUUUAAGAGAGAUAUAGAGGUCUUUGUGUAAACAUUUUAUGUAUUUUAGACAAAAACAAUGCUUUAUAGCAACCUUGUCAAAAAACUUUUCCCCCCACCCUUAAAAGUUCGUUAUGCUAUAUCUGUGUUCAGUUGAACCAUAGGUUAUUGGAUAAGUUUUGUACAGAAGUCUGUAAACCCUCCAUUUAUUUCCCAUAUCAAAAAUAAUGUAAUGGUUAUAUCCCUUGCUUUUCUGCUUGUAAAUGGUGUAAACUGAGGAAAUGCCAUCUAGGUGUUUGAUAUUUUUUUGUUAUUAUGUACCUAGGACAAAUAAUAUCAGAUUUUGUCAUUUUGUGUUCUGAUACCUAAGAAGAUUGCAUUGGUAUACCAUUCUAUUUUUAACCCUUAGUCUUCUGGCUGGCAACUGAUUUUAAUCUUGUGACCAGUGCAGCUGAAUGUCAGUGAUUCUACUCAGGUGCCUGUUUGUGCCUGAAAUAAUGCAUGGAAGGGCACCUGAGGUUUUUCUCCACCAGUAAAUCUGGAACAUCGCCAAAUGAUCUAUACUGUGUUAAUGUGACGUAAACGUAAAAUCCAAUCAAACAAAUAAACAAAAUUAUCAUAUUUACACUGUUCGCCAUUCAGACAGUAGUCAUUUUGAACAUUCUUCCCUAAAAGUGGUAAAUGGUUUAGACCGGAUUGAGAGAUGGACAAGUCCAUUUAAAAUAUUAAGUGUGGCAGGUGUUAAUUUUUGAUAUUAAUUAUAUUACUUUAGGCAAUCUUUGUGUGAUUAUACUAUCAAACCCCUGUUAGAUGUACCUUAGGUGCAUCCGUCAUAGACAUAUUUUACACAGUAAUGGAAUGAACAAUGUAUAACCAGUUUUUCAUUUUUUUGCACACCUGAAAUUUUCAGUCUUAAGUUAUGUAUGUUAGAGAACUAAGGAGGUUUUUGAAUUUACAAUAUAGCUAAACAUACAAUGUUUGCAGAAGAAAUUAGAUAUAUCUGACUAAAAUUCAGAGCUUAUGUUUAAAGAAUUACAUUAUUAAAGCGCUGAUUUUAAUCAGAUUAAAAUUAUUUAUGAAAUUAUUUUUCAAUACAGAUUUUGCUCGAAGGCUGGUUAGUACUACAGAAAAACAGUUUCUUCCCUUGAAUCAUAAAUGUGUUGUGUGUUGUUUUUUUUCUUGAAAACAAAACUGUAUUGUUUAAAAAUAUCUGUGACUCUCGCAAUAGUAAAUCUUUUAUGUUUUAAGAGCAAGGGAGAUUUUACUAAUGCACACAAGUCCUUUUGUUUUAAGAAAGGCGAAGUAAGGCUGAAAAAACAUUCCCAAAUAAACAUGUUUAAAUGGGUGUUAUACUGAACUCAGUAAAUGUGUGUUUUUUUCAAGUUAAUCCCCUGGUACAAAAAAAUACUUACUGUUACAGCAUCUUGAUGGACUACUGUUUCCAAUAGUCAAUCUGUUGCGCUUAUUUUUCAAAGUUAUGACAUUGAAAGUUUGUUUGUCAUCCUUUAUUAACAUAGUCUUAAUUCUGGAUUAAGUCUAUUGGAUGAAGUUAUGUAACUGUCAAAGAUAAAAUAGAAUUGAUUCUUGUUUUUCUUCAUUUUACUAUUCUAUUUAUGAUUCUUAAUUGAUUUUUAAAACCUGGAUCUUUUUGAAUGUUGUUAUGUGUGCUAAUGAUUUGUCUAUGUCUGGCUAAACUUUCUAAAAGUAAUUUAAUGCUACCUUAUUUAAGCAUUUUUAUAAUCAACAUCCCUCAUUGUAGCAAUGGAUAGGCCCAUUGUCAAAGGAGGAUUAAUCCAUUAUACAUUAGAAAGGGUAACGAGAACUUUGCAUCUAAGAAUCUAUUUCUUGUAAACUUAACUUGUGGUUGAAUCUCAAUACUAUAUUAAUCAGAAAAUUUUUAUUUGAUUUUUCUCUGGUGAUAUAUUGUGUAAGCUAAAUUGCAUGGACUUUGCUUAUUACUUUUACUCUUUUAGGCCUUGCUAUGAAAAUGGUAGUUCUAAAUAUUGUGAAAAUUGUAGAAAUAUUAUGAAAAUUAUAAAAAAAUAUUACAAGAACAGUACAUACAUUUACUUAACAGAUGACAUAGUUUUAGGUGGAUGAAUACCAUUUUCUGUAUUAUGUAAUAUAUGUAUUGUGGUAUCUUGUUCAUGUUCUAGGUCAAACAGAGUUGCAAUAAAUCCAUACCAAUGUUCCUUUUUUUAAGUAUACAUUGUGUAUCUUAAACUUUUCUCGUGAGGUGCUGAAUGGAUAAAGAAAGAAAAGAAAAUCAGCAAGAAACAAAAGAAAUAAAUGUUGGGGAAAAAUACCCAACAAAUUUAUUUUAGAAUUAUAAGGAAUUAAAAGUCUUGCUUUUGCAUGAAAGAAAUUGGUUUCUUAGUUACCGGUGUAAGAUCUAGUCUAAAAAAUAGAAAGUAAUAUGAUAAAAACCUUGGUAAGCAAAUACAUAGCUAUACUGUUUUCUUUAAAAAUAUAAUAUUGAAAUUCUUUAAAUUAUCAUUAAACUGUUCCAUAUUCAGAACAGGUCAAGUUCAUGAAGGGCAUUAAGUUGGGGUCAAAGGUUAAUGAUUUAAGUGUGUGACCUUGAUGGGGGUAAAGGUCAUACGUAAACUCUUAGCCUGGUGGCAAUUGAAAUAAUCCAGGCAGCCAGUGCAGACCAUGAUCAUAGUCAUCUGAUAAUUGGUCUACGCUUUUCACUCUUUAGUCAGUACUUAUGUUGAAAAUUUCCCUAAACAUUAUAAAUGGUUUUAGGAAAGAUGGACAAGUCCAUUCAAUAUAUUUAGGAUGGUAACGGUUAAACUUACUAUAUAUCAGUACAUAUAUACAGUAUACAUGUGUAUGUGUAAGUUAAUGUAUGAAAUGUACAUGUAUAUUGGGGUAUAUAAUAAAACAUUGACUAGUAUAUAAUUGUUAAUAAAGUAUUCAAAGGAACAGAUAUGUAAUAAAAAAACAUUGGUGCAUUUAAUAAGAGAGGAAAAUGUUUUAUUACGUGUUAUUAUAUAAACUAUAAUAAUAAUUAUAAUGUAAGAAGUUGUAUUACCAUUGAAUUGUUUUAUAUGCAUAUCUGUUAUAUUAUUGUUUAAAAUUAUGACUGUAUUAAAGCGUAUGAAUACUGAAGCAAA